CGGGGAUCACCGGACCAAUAAAGCCGCAGCACCGCUUGAAGCCAUAAAUAUAAACUAUGACCCUGAGUAAAAUAAACGGGUAAUUUCACCUUCGAAAUAUUCGGAUGGUGAAAUGAAUAUAAUUUUUCAACUGUAGGUGUCGCAAAAUAUAAAACUAACGACGUUUCAUUGGACCGGUGUCAGCUCCGACGUGUCCGCUCAGAUGACCAUUUCCUGUUUAGCUAGCAAAAAGCUUAGUGGCUGCCGGAGAGUUUUAAGGAGAUUUCAUGCCUUCAAUUGGCUUUCCUGGUUCUUGAGGCUCUAAGCUCGCCAGGUAAAACAGCAGGCUGCAGUGAUGUCAUCAGAGCCCAAGUCCCCCACUCCCACCCCAGGAGACACAUACAAGGGCUGGCUCUUCAAAUGGACUAACUAUAUCAAAGGUUACCAGAGACGCUGGUUUGUUCUUAGCAAUGGACUCCUCUCCUAUUACAGGACUCAGGCAGAGAUGGGCCACACGUGCCGCGGCACCAUCAACCUGGCCACGGCCAACAUUGUCGUGGAGGACUCCUGCAAUUUUGUCAUUUCCAACGGCGGCGCGCAGACCUACCACCUGAAGGCCAGCUCGGAGGUGGAGCGCCAGCGCUGGAUUACCGCCUUGGAGCUGGCCUUUGACACGGGGAACAACUCUGAUGACUCAUGCGAAGACGGUCCCUCAGCGCCCCCCGCAUCAGGACAUGGCGGCGGUCGUACCUUAGAUAUCCAAUCUACGCUGCGCACACUCGGCAGCAAGGUGGAGGACCUCGAUACCUGUAACGAUCUCAUUGUCAAGCAUGGAUCUGCCCUGCAAAGGUCUUUGUCAGAACUGGAGGGGAUUCAGCCCGGAGCGGACGUGGGGGAUAAGAUGAGACAAGUGACCGAGCGAGCGACGCUGUUCCGCAUCACCUCCAAUGCAAUGAUAAACGCAUGCCGGGACUUCCUCUCGCUGGCUCAGAACCACAGCAAGCGCUGGCAGAAGGCCUUGCAGCUGGAGAGAGACCAGAGGGUGAGGCUGGAGGAGACCCUGGAGCAGCUGGCCAAGCAGCACAACCACUUGGAGAGAGCUUUCCGGGGAGCAACAGUGCUCCCGUCGUCAAACAGCAACCCUGCCUUGGGCAGCAAAGGCUCUCUUUCAGGAAAAGGAGAUUCCAGCGAUGAGGAUGACAACAAUGUGUUCUUCGAUGCCAUGGAGGAACCGGCAGAGUUCAUCACGGUCCCUGCCGAUCCCAAAUACCACAGGAGAUCUGGCAGCAAUGUGAGCGGAUUCAGCAAUGAGACCGGAAUGGAUGACCUAUCUGUAAACUUUGACGAGCUUUCGGUGGCCUCCAGCCCAGAGUCACCGCAGUCCCUGGAGCUGGAGCCGGUCAGACAAAGGCGGACUCGUAUCCCCGACAAGCCCAACUAUUACCUCAACCUUUGGAGCAUCAUGAAGAACUGCAUUGGAAAGGAGCUCUCAAAGAUACCAAUGCCCGUGAACUUCAACGAGCCUCUCUCCAUGUUGCAACGUCUGUCCGAGGACCUGGAGUACUUCGAGCUGCUGGAUAAGGCGUCAAAGUGCCAGAGCUCUCUGGAGCAGAUGUGCUACGUGGCGGCCUUCACCGUUUCCUCCUACUCCACCACCGUCCACCGCACUGGAAAACCCUUCAACCCCCUGCUGGGAGAAACCUUUGAGCUGGAUCGCCUGAGAGAGUGUGGCUACCGCUCCCUCUGUGAGCAGGUAAGUCACCACCCGCCUGCCGCAGCCCACCACGCCUUCUCUGAAAAAGGAUGGACUCUCAGACAAGAAAUCACCUUGGCCAGCAAGUUUCGAGGAAAAUAUUUGUCCAUCAUGCCCCUGGGUGCAAUCCAGUGCAUGUUUGCUAAGAGCAACAACCAUUACUCUUGGAAGAAAGUCACCACAACAGUACACAAUAUUAUUGUGGGAAAGUUAUGGAUCGAUCAGUCAGGGGAGAUCGACGUUGUCAACCACAAAACGGGGGACCGCUGCCACCUCAAGUUUGCUCCCUACAGUUACUUCUCCAGAGAUGUGCCAAGAAAGGUGACUGGCGUGGUCACAGACAAGGACGGAAAGGCGCAUUAUGUGCUCUCGGGCACUUGGGAUGAGAAGAUGGAGUUCUCCAGGAUCAUGCAGAGCAGCAAGAGCGAGAACGGUGCUGAGGGCAAACAGAGAACCGUCUACCAGACUCUUAAAGCCAAAGAAAUAUGGAGGAAGAACCCGUUGCCAGAGGGAGCAGAGACUAUGUACUUCUUCUCCUCGCUGGCCCUGACGCUUAAUGAGCCCGAAGAGGGCAUAGCGCCGACAGACAGCCGACGGCGGCCCGACCAGCGGCUGAUGGAAGACGGACACUGGGAUGAGGCCAAUGCAGAAAAACAGAGGUUGGAGGAGAAGCAACGGACGGUCCGUCGGGAGAGGGAGAGGGAAGUGAUCAAGGCGGCCCAGACACCAGACGAAGCUUCCACCCAGGAACCAAUCACUGACUCACCCUUAAAAAUUGACCCAGACCAGAUCGGAACAGAAGCGAGUGAGGGUUCCGAUGAAAGCCCUCAUCAAGACAGCCACCAGGCGCUUUGGUUUGAGAAGACUGACGACGCCCAGUCAGGAGAGACCCUGCACGUCUACAAGGGGGGCUACUGGGAGACAAAGGACAGCGGUGCGUGGGACAUGUGCCCGGACAUCUUCUGACGACCUCACCCGGCGUGAAGAUGGCGCCAGACUUCCCUCUCAGGAUGCGAGUGUGUGUUUUUUCUUCUCUACACCUCCAGAAAUGAAGCGGCUGUACUUUGCAGGAACACGGCGGCACCAAGCACACGAGCCAAGGUUGCAUUACCGCUGCUCUCUAUUUUUUAGCACCCAUCGGAAAGGCCACGAUCAUCCACCUCACCAAAACGCGCACGUUACUGACAAGGUGAAAGUGGUCCACACCCCCGCUAAGUUGUGUUGAUUUUUGGCUGUAAAUGCAAAUCCAGUGUCAUAAAGGAACAGGAGAGUGCUUGAGAGAAGUGGUUUUCAAAAUGUUAGGCGCCAAAACACUUUGAGGGGGUGCAGCAGUUUAAAAAGAAUAAAGAAAAAUAUGUAUUCAAAUCUGUAAGAUAACUUUAGUCAUGAUUAAAGGCCAAAUGAAGUGAUUAGUAGUUCCGACAUUGAGAGUUACCGAAAAUUUUUGCAGGAAAUUAGACUUUGAAAACCCCAGCUCUCGGAUUAUGCUGCACGUCUACAGUUUCUACGUUUUAGAAUGAUGCAAGGAUCACGUUUGGUCCAAAUGGUCCCAUAAAAUAAUGGAUACCAAUCAUUUUUCAACAAGUAAAAAAAAUAUGAACGUCACAAUUUGGGCUGGGCGAUAUGGCUAAAAACUGUAUCACGAUGAAAGUGUUUUAUAUUGGUCGAUAUCGAUAAUUGCUGGUAUUUUUAUGACCUAUCUAAAAUAAGGACCUGGAGAAAAUUAUAUUAAAUGUAAACAUUUGUAUCUAAAAUGCAACCUUCCUCUGAUUAUGAUCCCCUCCACUAUCAAGGCAGAAAGGAAAUAUCAACACCACCAUGGAAAACGCUCAAUGUAAACACAAUUCUAAAAUCACAUUGAACACUUAACAAUAUUCUCUUAAAAUUAAGGAUUAUGUAAGAAAUGCUUAAUAAAGUGUAACAAAAUAGCGCAAAGUGUGAAAAUAUAAACAUAGAGAAACCUGAGAAGAACUAUUUUCUGCAUGUACACUUGUAGUGCUAAGGUGGUGUGGCAUCACUGAUUACGAGCGCCUUGGUCUGACUACGGUCCGUUUCUAAAAAAUCCAAAAAACUGCCAUGCUGUCAUGGUGACUCUUUUUGUUUUAUCCACAAUUGAUUUGCUCUCUGCAGCACUCAUUUCUAACUUCCUCUUCUCACUUCAUGCAAUGAAUCAACCGCCAGACAACAAGACGGCGCAACCAAAUUUAAUAGUUCAUACUGUUACCUGAUUGGCUGUUAGCGUGUCACUCCUACUGAUCAUUUCUUGCGCUGCGCGGUUAGCGGGUGCCUUUGUUCAUGCAAACAACCUGGCUUGGCCACUUCCCGUUUCUUCUGACAAAGAAAAAAAAUGUACAUCGAACGCAUUUUUAAUUGAUAUUGAUUACUUGUCUAUCGCGAUGAAUUGACUUAAUUUUAUCGCUCAGCCCUAGUCACAAUAUAAUUAGUUCUAACACCACUUCCAGUGGGUUUUUUUUUGCUAAGUUUUUAGUGUAAUUUCCUGUCUGAACAAAACCAAUUCAACACGUGAAAAUACACUUUUUAAGGUAUGAACCAUGUUAGCAUUAACUGUAUGUGGUUUGCACAUUUCACAUUCUAUAGUUGCUUUCUAUAGUCGCUAUUAAAAAGCAGUGAUAUUAAUGAUUUCUCCAUCAAAUACUUCAAUCCCUGUGUACUGAGUACAGACAGAAUUUGCCUUUAAAAGUUAUUUAGUAUAAACAUUUGCAAAGCUAAUUCAUUCCAGAAUGUGAAACAACAAUUUCAUAUUGCCGCUGUUGCGCUUCUUUUCAUUUUUCGACCUUUAAAAAAAAAAAGAUCUAGUGCUGGAAUUUCACUCUUUUUGCACUUUCUUUCCUUUGAAAAUGGACACAAGCGCAUGAGGUGACGCUAAUGACAGUUUAAAUGUGAAGUUUGUUAAAGUGAUGUGUUAUUCCUAAACCAGCAACAUGGGUCGUUAAGUCCGUGUACUAAAAGGAAGGAGUGUAUAGUUUAUUAUUUUCCCUUUCAUAAUAAGUGUACUUACAAAUGGAUUCCCAACCUUCAAAUUGUGAAUAUUUUUGCAGAGAGAGAGAGGAUUUACGAAGUAGAAGAGCUGACACAAGUUUAACGUGGUAGUGAUGCACUUUUUUUCGUUUGUCACAAUUGUCUAAUAUUUUUCUGUUUCGUUCUCCAUUUAUUCACUGAUAGUGUGUGAAGAUUGUUUGUUGUGAUAUAUUGUACAUCUCUAAAUAAUAUUGAUUGUAUUCACAGGUUGUCUUUGUUCCUUGCUCUAACAAUUUUAUAUGUAGUACAUUUUCUCCAAGAGUCACGAUAAUAGAACUGUGAACUAUUUAUAAAAAUGUUCUGCUGGAGUGCAGUA